AUGAUAAACCACUUACUCUUCGCAGACGACACAAUGUUCUUCUGUAAAACAACUCAGAAGAACUGUGAUACAUUGCACUCCAUCCUGAAACAAUAUGAAGAUGCAUCAGGUCAGCAGAUUAACCUCCUCAAGUCAUCUAUAACCUUCUCAAAGAAAACACCACCCGAAACCCGUACACGAGUAAAACUCUCCCUAGGAAUUGACAAAGAAGGGGGUCAGGGUAAGUACCUAGGCUUACCAGAGAGCUUUGGAAGAAAGAAAAGGGAUCUCUUCACCCAAAUAGUCGACCGCAUCCGCCAAAAGUCAGUCAACUUCUCUUCCCAAUUCCUAUCAAGUGCAGGAAAGUUAACAAUGCUAAAAGCAGUCCUCUCCGCUAUCCCUACCUACACGAUGUCUUGCUUCAAGUUACCUGCAGGGUUAUGCAAACGAAUCCAAUCAGCCCUCACACGUUUCUGGUGGGAUACAAAACCAGAUAAGAGGAAAAUGUGUUGGAUCUCAUGGCAAAAACUUACCAGAGCGAAGAAACACGGAGGUCUCGGCUUCCGCGAAAUUCAGAGUUUCAAUGAUGCCCUCCUUGCAAAAAUAAGCUGGAGGAUUCUCAACAACCCCACAUGCCUCCUCAGCAAAGUCCUCAAGGGUAAGUAUUGCAAAGACCAUGACUUCCUCUCCGUCCCCAUCACCUCUUCCACUUCCCACGGUUGGAGAGGAAUCCUCAUAGGAAGAGAUCUCCUAAACACCAAACUAGGAAAAGCGAUCGGGAACGGACUCUCCACCUCCAUCUGGGAUGACCCUUGGCUCUCAAUGGAGACCCCAUCCCGACUCACAGGCCCACCAAACCUAAGCAACAAGGACCUCAAGGUGUCAUCACUUUUAACCGAGCAUACAAGAGAAUGGAAUGAAGAAAGAAUCAACGAGAUCAUACCUAUGCACUUAGAGGAAAUCAAAGCUCUCCGGCCAAGCCGAAGAGGAGCUGAAGACACCUACUUGUGGCUCCCCACCAAGUCUGGGAACUAUACAGCUAAAACUGGCUACCACAUUGCCAUGGCCGCUAACGAAGACCCACAACAUCACCAACACCUCCUGCACAUCAAUUGGAACUCAGAUAUUUGGCUCACAAAAAUCUCACCAAAAAUAAAAGUCUUCCUCUGGAAGAUACUACAAAAAGCCUUACCUAUCGGAAAAAACCUCAUAAAUAGAGGAAUCCUUAAAAGCUCCUACUGCAUCCACUGUGGAGACUUGGAGACGACGAAUCACCUCUUCUUCCAUUGUGUUUUUGCGAGAGAAGUCUGGAACCUAGCCCCUUUCUCCACCGCUAUAAAUCCUCUCCAAAUCCAAGACUUCACAACGACCCUUACGACAUCCAAAGACUGGAUUUGUCUACCUCCAACCGGAACGGGAACGGGACCUCUUUUCGCCUGA